AUCCUAAAGCAAAAUGAACAAGAAAGUUCUUUUACAUUGAAUCCAUCGAAAAAGAAAACACCAGGGGCCACAAGACUAAAUUAUCAAUGAAAUUAAACAAUCUUUAUAUAAAUAAAUAAGUACAAAACCCAAAAUAUUCUCAUUUAUCAAAGAAUAAAACUCUUAAUAAAAUUUUUAUUCUAUUCCUCCUAUCAGUGAGAACAAAAACAGCUGAAGCUCUAGUUGAUUAGAGAGAAAUUUUUAUAGCACGUUGAUUUGUUAGUGUAGAUCAUGGCUAUGGUUCUAGAUGCAGUUAUUGGAAAAGUAGUGGAUGAACUUUUGAGUUCAGUAGUUGAAAUGAAGAACAGAGCUUUGAAGUUCAAAUCAACUCUAGAAAGAUUAGAAAAAACUCUCCAAUCAUUAGCACCGUUGAUCAAUCAAAUAGAUGAACUCAACAAGAAACUAGAUCGACCAGCUAAAGAAACAGAAAGACUAAUCAAGCAAAUGAAAGACGGAAAAGAACUCGUCCUCAAAUGUUGUGAUCAAGACAAAAUCCAGUGGUGGAACUGUUGUUACAAAAAGGCAGAAUAUCAAGAACAGCUUGAAGAGUUGGAUGGUGAGAUUAGAAGAUUUUUUGAGCUUGAUUUGAGAGCUCAAGAUGCGAGGAAUGGGUUGGAAGCACUUUUGGAGAUUAAGGAGUUUCGUGCUGAGUUUAGAAGUGUUGGUUUGAGGAAUGAGAGAAUUGAAUUAAGAGGUGUUUGUUUGCCUCCUCAACCACCUGGUUUUACUGUUGGGUUGGAUGGGCCUUUGAAUGAGUUGAAGAAGAGGUUGUUGAAUGAUGAGGUUAGUGUUUCUGUUGUUACGGUUACUGGUUCCGGUGGAUCGGGGAAAUCUACGUUGGCGAAAAGGUUUUGUUGGGAUGAACAAGUAAAAGGUAAAUUCAAGGAUAAUAUCUUGUUCAUUACAUUUGCAAAAACACCAAAGCUGAAUGCCAUAGUGCAGAAACUGUUUCAACACACUGGCUAUCAAGUUCCCGAUUUUCAAAGCGAUGAAGAUAUGUUUAACCAAUUGGAACAAUUGAUGAAACAAAUUGUGAAAAAUGGCCCGAUAUUGUUGGUCUUGGACGAUGUUUGGUUAGGAUCGGAAUCACUUGUUGACAAUUUUGUGUUUGAGAUUCCAAAUUACAAGAUUUUAGUGACAUCAAGAUUUGCAAUUGGAAGAUUUGGACAUCCAUUUGUCUUGAAACCACUUUCGGAAGCAAAUGCUAUAAACCUGUUUAAACAUUCAGCUUCCUUAACCAAGAGCAACUCAGAUAUUCCUGAUGAUGUUGUGAAAGAGAUAGUAAGAGGUUGUAGCGGUUCUCCCUUAGCGCUUCGAGUGAGUGGAAGAUCGUUAAGUAAUGAACCACAGAUAGUUUGGCUUAACAGGGCUAGGGAAUUAUCAGCUGGUGGUACGAUUCUCGAUUCUAACACCGACAUACUUUCGUGUCUCCAAAAGAGCUUAGAUGUUUUGGAUCCAAAAUCCAUGGAGUGUUUUCGGGACUUAGGCUUAUUCCCUGAAGAUCAGAGGAUCCCUGUCGCUGCCCUUGUUGAUAUGUGGGCAGAACUAAGGAAUGAUGAUGAUGCAACUGCAAUGGAGAGAAUCUAUAAACUGGUUAACCUCAACUUAGCUGAUAUUAUUGUCACAAGGAAAGUGGCGAGUGGUACAAUUGACUACAACUAUCAUUAUGUUACACAACACGGCCUUCUUCGUGACCUAGCCAUCCGUAAUAAUAGCCAAGAGCCCGAGGAUAAGAGGAAUAGACUCAUAAUUGACACAAGUGCAAAUAAUCUUCCCUCGUGGUGGACAUCAGAGACUGAAUAUCACAUUGCAGCUCACGUUUUAUCUAUAUCAACUGAUGAGGCAUUCCCUUCGAAAUGGUGUAACUUGCAACCAACUCAAGUUGAGGCUUUCGUGUUAAACCUUAGAGAAAAGAAGUGCAUACUACCAAUGUUCAUGAAGAAAAUGAACAAACUAAAAGUUUUAAUAAUAACAAACUAUGACUUCUAUCAAGCUGAAUUAGAGAAUUUCGAGCUUCUCGACCAUCUAUCAAGUCUCAAGCGAAUCAGAUUAGAGAAAGUCUUGAUUCCUUUCCUCGGGAAAACAAUAGUACAAUUGAAGAAUCUUCAGAAGUGUUCUUUCUUCAUGUGCAAUGUGAAUGAAGCAUUUAAGAAUUGCACUAUCCAAGAUUCAGAAAUUUUUCCAAAUUUGGUGGAGAUCAAUUUCGAUUACUGUGACAUGGUGGAACUGCCAAAUGUGAUUUCUUACAUUGUAUCCCUAAAGAAGGUUAGUAUUACAAAUUGUCAUAAGCUUAGUGCACUUCAUGAAGGAAUUGGAAAAUUGGUUAAUUUGGAAUCACUAAGGUUAAGUUCAUGCAGUGGUUUAUUAAAGUUGCCAGAUUCAAUCACAAAUAUUCAUAGGCUAAAGUUUCUAGACAUCUCUGGAUGCAUAAGCCUUAGUCAUUUACCUGAUAAUGUAGGUGAGUUGGAGAAACUAGAAAAUCUGAAUAUGAGAGGUUGCUCAAGCAUUAGUGAAUUGCCAUCAUCAGUUAUGGAUCUUGAGGGAUUAAAGCAUGUGGUGUGUGAUGAAGAAACUGCUGAAAAAUGGGAACCUUUUAGAGCCAUUCUUAGUGAUCUAAGGAUAGAGGUUGUUCAAGAAGAUUUCAAUUUAGAUUUUCUUUACAAUCAGUAGUGAUGAUAUUUGGAAAUUGACAGAGAAAUAAAGAAUCAAAUGAGAAGGUAUUAUGGAUUUCUUUACAUUUUUGGAGUGAUUGAGUAUAAAGAAUUAUUGUUGCAAAAUAGUAUGAGAAAUAUUCAUUACAUUGAGUUUCUAAGCUUUAUGUUGAAGACAGUGAACAAUAAUCAAAAACAAAGAAACUGAAGUGAUGUUUCUUUGAUUUGAACUAAAAUAGUUAUGGGAAUUGAAACCCAGAGACUUGGCAAUUAAAAUGGAAUUCUCAGCUGCUGAGAUAGGUUAAAUGUGUUGUUGUAUUUUUGCUUUAUUUAAAAUUAUAUAAUUUUUCAAUUUAAUUUUUGGAUUA